UGCCGCCGGCCCGAGCUGCCCGCCCGGCCGUCCCCGCGCGCUCCGCAGCACGGGUCUGGGCGCCGGCGGGCCACGCGGAGGAGCGGCCGAGCCGGACCCGGGGCCCCGGCGCAGCGGCUCGCUCCCCGAGGGGGGUCCGACUUCCUCAGCCGUCGCUGCAGGGACAUGAGGGGCGGCGCCCGGCUUCGGGGCCGCGGGACGGGCGCGGGGAGAGCCUUUUAGGCGCGGGCUCCGGGGACGGCGGCCUGCGUGCCCCGGGCGGGCCGGUGCUCCGCGGAGGCCUCGCGGCGGGCGGGCGGGCGGGCGCGCGCGUGUGCGCGGACGCAGCAGCAUGUUCCCGCGGAGGCCGCCGGCCGCCCUGGCCGCCUGGCUGGCGGGGACGCGGGGCGGGGGCCUGCUGGCCGCGCUGGCCAAUCAGUGCCGCUUCGUGACGGGCCUGCGCGUGCGGCGCGCGCACCAGAUCGCCCAGCUCUACGGCCGCCUCUACUCGGAGAGCUCGCGCGGCGCGCUCCUCGGACGCCUGUGGCGCCGGCUGCGCGGCCGCCCCGGCCAUGCCUCGGCCCUGAUGGCGGCGCUCGCCGGGGUCUUCGUGUGGGACGAGGAGCGGAUCCAGGAGGAGGAGCUGCAGAGAUCCAUUAAUGAGAUGAAACGGUUGGAGGAGAUGUCAAGCGUAUUUCAGAGCUCUGGAGUCGAGCACCACCCUCCAGAAUCAAAAUCCCAAACAGAAGGGACUGAAGAGUUAAAGGACAAAGAGGAACCAUGGGAAAUGGUGAUGGAUAAAAAACAUUUUAAGCUGUGGCGGCGCCCAAUUAUAGGCACCCACCUUUACCAGUACCGAGUUUUUGGAACCUACACAGAUGUGACACCUCGGCAGUUCUUCAAUGUUCAGCUGGACACAGAAUAUAGAAAAAAGUGGGAUGCUCUGGUGAUCAAGCUGGAGGUGAUCGAGAGGGACGUGGUUAGUGGUUCUGAGGUUCUUCACUGGGUAACCCAUUUCCCUUAUCCUAUGUACUCUCGGGAUUAUGUUUAUGUCCGACGAUACAGUGUGGAUCAAGAAAACAACGUGAUGGUGCUGGUGUCUCGUGCUGUGCAGCACCCCAGUGUGCCAGAGUCUCCAGAGUUUGUGCGGGUUCGAUCCUAUGAAUCCCAAAUGGUUAUCCGUCCCCACAAGUCCUUUGAUGAGAAUGGCUUUGACUACUUGUUGACAUACAGUGACAAUCCCCAGACUGUGUUUCCUCGCUAUUGUGUUAGUUGGAUGGUUUCCAGCGGCAUGCCAGAUUUCCUGGAGAAGCUUCACACAGCCACUCUGAAAGCCAAGAACAUGGAGAUCAAAGUGAAGGACUACAUCUCGGCUAAGCCUCUAGAAAUGAACCCUGAGGCCAAGGCCACCUCCCAGCCCUCUGAGCGGAAGACUGACGGUAGUCAUGGCCCUGCUCAGAUUGAGUAUGCCUGAAAGACUGUGGGAUGUGGAUGGACAGACACUUCUAACCCUGUCUCAGUCCCUUAUCACUCUGAUACAGCACGGGGACAAGCCACAUGUACUAGAAGGCAUCUGCUGUAACCACCAAUGCAAGAUAAUUCACUAACUGGAGUCUUGACUUCAUUCAGAGCCCUUAUUGUUCUCUCGCAAACGGAGACUGCCCUAUUCUCAGGCCAGCCAUUUUGAGAUUCGGUGUUUCUCUGAGCUAGUGUGGAGCAGACCUCUCACCUCAGGCCCAGAAGGGGAUGACUUCCAUUUGCUUCUUCCAUGUAGAUUCCUUGCUGACAUUCCGUAUCUUACCUCCGGUUGUGCAGGGUGUGGGUUUCCUUCCAUCCUGCAGUGGCCUGGAGGGUGGGGGUGGCUGUUCAUCUCUCACGGUGGGUCACGGGGAUACUCUUGGUAACAGGUCUCGUGUGGAUGGGUGCAAAUGAUACUUGGCCAUGUUAAGUGCCUUGUCCUCACCUUUUUAUCUUUAGGGACAUGAAGUUUGUACCAAGAAGUUCCUCCUCUUGCAGAAUACCACCCCACUCAAAGUUGUAUUCAUUGGAUCAUUGCUCCUUUGCCAGCCUUAGCCAUUGCCAGGAAUGCUAGAGGCGAACCCUUUUAGACUUCCGUAUCACCAGAUCCUUUGGCAGCAUCAAUGGAAAUGCACACCAAAAAAUCUUUGUAUUAAAAAGGCCGUGGGGGAAUUGAACUCUAUCUCUCCGAACCCCUACUGCUUAGAAAACACACUGUUUUGGUUCAGGCAUUUUCCCAAAGUGCAGGUUUGAUUUAUCCUCAGAAGGCUAAAGGCAAGAGAAAGGGAGGCUGUGCCCUCGGGCUGUAGGCAGGCCGUGCAGAUGAACAGACGCAGGCAUGCCUCAAACUCAGUGCUGUGGGAAUGUGGUUUCUGUGACCCUUUCUUUCCUUGAAAAGAUUUUUCCUUCCCUCUCCAGAACUGAAAUAAAAGCAGGCCGUACUGGUGGGGUGGUACCAGAUGGUACUGGCUUAGUUGGCUUCACUGGUUUUCCUUUGGGAAAAUAGGGAUCAAAUUUUAAAUCCUCCCUUUUUUUCUGGAGUUUCUUCCUUUUUUUCCUGCUUGCUGCACUAUUGUGGUGUUGAAAAGCAAUCUAAACCUGAGACUAAUUAAGCCCCUCCUUGACCUUGUAGUUGUUGAUUCAAUUUUGUGCCAAGGAAACAACUAACAGCCCCAGUGUUUUGUCUCUUCUCGGAGCUGUUUGCAGAUCAGAGUUGCAUUGAGCAGUCUGGCAUCUUUUUAUCAACAUUUCUCUCCCCUAGGACCUGACAGAAACCAGAGAAAGCUCUCUGGGUCGUGUCUGAGCUUGGCGCUGUGGUUGUGACCAGCUGUGUGCGUGCGAGUCUGCACAGGAGCUAAGUGGUUGUGGCUGCCUCAUCUUCUGACUUACAGUAAUUUGGUUCUGUACAGUUAUGUCAUUGUAAUGAUUUUGCUCUUAACUGUGAUCUUUUUAUCAAAUGUGUGAAUAAAUACAUAAAGAUUGGUACAAAGGA